CGGGCCGAAGCACGGGCUAGAUUGAGCAUGUGUUCUGUUUCCUGGUUUGCAUAGCAUUCGUUCAACCAUGGCUUUUCAAAUUAAUUUCAACGAAAUUACCUUGUUGCUUCUCGCACUAUUCAAGUUCGUUCAACUCGAUGACCUCGUUGGAUGCGGGGGCUUCAUACGUUCUAACGUACCCAUAAACUACUCCAGGGUUGAGGUAAAAUUGUUUACGAAGCUUGGCAGCCUCAAGUAUCAGACGGAAGGUGCCCCAAACAAUGGUUACUACCUGAUCCCCUUGUACGAUAAGGGAGAGUACGUGCUCCGCGUCGAACCCCCCAGUGGUUGGAGCUUCGAACCAUCUUCAGUGGAACUCACUGUGGAUGGUUCCACAGACGCCUGUAGUGCCGGAAAGGACAUCGACUUCACCUUCCAGGGGUUCUCCAUCUUGGGCAAGGUGGUAAGCCAGGGUGAAGACGUUGGGCCACCGGGAGUUACGGUGCAACUCCUUGACAGCGCUGGGAACGUCCUGCAAGUAGACACGACGGGGGAAGGUGGAGCUUACGGCUUUUCGAGAGUUCUGCCCGGAGAGUACACGGUGCUUGCAAAGCACCUCUCCUGGGAUGUUCAAGACCCGCGGCUGGCCGUUAAGGUUACAGAGGACAACGCUGUUAUAUCGAAAUCUCCCCGAGUUGCGGGCUACGACGUUAGCGGAGAGGUUGAGAGUGAAGGCGACCCCAUUGGUGGGGUUCAUUUCAUCCUGGCGUCUGAAAGCACCAUCCAGGACAAGGCAAGACCUGCAGACUGCAAACACUCUCGUCCUCCGGCGGGCUUUGUACUGCCUUCCGGUCUCUCCUUUCACUGUCUGGUGACCUCCAGCAAGGAAGGAAGGUUUGCGUUUUCUGCGGUGGCACCGGGUUCCUACGUCUUACUACCGUUCUACAAAGGAGACCACAUGGAGUUCGAUAUGGCUCCUUCUCAGGUCAGGUUCUCGGUGGGCCAUGGGAGCUACAAGUUUGACAAAAGGUUCCAGGUACGUGGAUUCAGCGUGGGUGGACGUGUAGGACUCUCCAAUAAGGGAGGUGGCAUCGCCGGGGCUCAGGUCUUCUUGGACGGCCGUCAUGCGGCUACGACUGCCAAGGAUGGCACUUUCAGACUCGAGAACAUGAAGGCCGGGCAGUACACCGUCGAAGUUCGCGCUGAGGGCCUCGCAUUCGAAUCGAAGUCUUUCAAAGUGACACCUGCCACGCCGCAACUUCCCACGAUCAUUCCCAGCCACUUCAAGACCUGCGGAACAGUCGAGGGCGGUCAGCGCCACCUAUCCAUUCGGAGCCAGCACGAGAAGGAACCCCUCACCGUGACGUCGGACGCAAGCGGCAGCUUCUGCGCGUCGCUGCGCGCGGGAAAUUACGUCAUCGCGCCAUCAGUCAGCCAACAGGAGGAGAAAGGCGGACUGCGUUUUAUACCGAGCAAGAUGGACUUCAGGGUACCCAUGGAAAGGGGUACCCUCUCUUUCGUCCAGUUCCAAGCUGAAAUCCGAGGAUCCGUCAAGUGUGUCGACAGCUGCAGUGCCGGAUUGAAAGUCGCUCUGAAGGGAGUCGCCAGCGGAGUGUCGAAGUCUGUCGAGGUUGGAGAGGGAGGAAAAUUCGCGUUCGACGGACUUUCCGCCGGGCUGUACCGGAUCUCCGUGGACCAUCCAGAGUGGUGUUGGGAGAAGGACCACGUAGAAGUCCGUGUCGCAGAAGGAGACGUUCCUGGUGUCGUCAUUCGUCAGAAAGGAUUUAAAGUGAGAGUGACUUCGUCGCACGAAACGCAACUGAAUGCACUUCACAUGGGCGGUGGUAAACAUGAGCUAGUAGUACCCCAGGGAGACUCGGAGCAUUGCCUUCCAAAGAGAGGUACCUACUCCAUGAAGGCAUCCGGAUGUCACGAGUUUGAAGAAACGGACUUGAAAUUUGACACAGAGGAUCCAGUUACCAUUGUUCUGACAGCCAUCAAGCAUGCCGUGGGUGGAACGAUAGUGACAGAGGAGAACGUAACGGACUUGGCUGUCACAGCAACGGCAAAAGAUGGCACAAACCUCGCAGUCAGUCUGGUGCCUGUACAAUCGAAGGAAGGGAAGAAAAAAUUUGUGCACAGGUUCCAGUUCAUGUGUGCACCGGGCAUGGAAAUAGAGUUGGUGCCCAAGUCAGGAAGGCUUCUGUUCAGCCCGGCUGCAGUUGAGCUGACAACCUCGGAGGACUGCGACCUGGACUCCGCACACUUCAAGGGCCGAGUGGGCCUCUUCAUCGACGGUCAAAUCCAGCCGGUCCUCGAGGGCGUCAAAGUCGUCGUACGCUCGGGCGAAGAAGUGCACGUGACGACGGAAUCGGAUGCAGAGGGCACCUUUCGUGUGGGGCCCCUGGACCCCCAGGUCGACUACGAAGUGGACGCGACUAAGCCAGGCUACGUGCUCAAGCCGACCCACAAGCUGGGCCACUUCGAGGCUUUCAAGUUUGCGGAAGUGGCCAUAGAGGUGAAAGAAGGCGGCGCCCCGCUCUCCGGGGUGCUGGUGUCGUUGAGCGGCGGUUCGGACUACCGCAACCACAGCCGUAGCGGGGAAGACGGCAAGGUGCACUUUCCAAACCUGAGUCCCGGAAAUUACUUUCUCCGGCCGAUGAUGAAAGAGUACAGGUUUACGCCACCGUCCAAGAUGGUGGCCGUUGCUGAAGGAGCCGCUGUCGAUGUGCUCGUCAGGGCAGAACGCGUGGCCUUCAGCUGCAUGGGUAGCGUGACAUCAGUGACUGGGGAGGCUGAACCAGGAGUGGCUCUUGAAGCACAGGGCACAGGAGACAACCCAGCCUGCAAUUCCAGCCAAGAGGAAGCCGUCAGCGAGGCAGAUGGAGCCUUCAGACUGCGCGGUCUGCUUCCCAACUGUUCCUAUGUCCUGCGUCUCAAGCAGAGCCCCACAGGGGUCACAGGGGUCAACAGCCACAUCGAACGUGCGGCUCCGCCAGAAAUCGUCCUCAACAUUGGCUCCGAAGACAUCGUCGGGACGCGGGUGAUAGUGUUCCGGUUCUUUAACCAGAUGGAUGUCACUGGGAAGGUUCAGAUUGAUGGAAAGCAGCCAGCACAUCUUAAGGUCCGCCUGUUCGCGGAAGAGUCGCCCGACCAAAUCCUCCAGACCACCAGCGUUGGGCCUGGUGGCUUCUUCCUGCUGUCUCCAAUGACUCGGGACGGCCGCACGUACUGCGUCCGCGUCGAGGGAUCUUCUCCGACCGCGUGCUUCCAGGGGGACGCCCCUUACGUGCACGUCCCCGUCCCGUGGAAGUCUCCCCUGGCCGCGCCCCUCAUGGCAGACACCCCGGAACCCCUGAGCGGGCGCCCCUCCCUUCUUAUUGUACUACCCUUGAUCAUCGCAACACUCAUACUGUUGGGAGGAGGAGGAGGGGGGGCCCAACGGGGGGGUCGUCUCAAGGAGGCCGUCGUGUCGCUGGUGGCUACCGUGAGGAGUCUUGUCCGAGGGGCACAGGGUGCCUCUGAGGGAAGGCUCGAGGGGUCACCCGCGGAGCAGCGCCGCCGUGCCCGUCCGCGGAGGACUUAAAAGUGAGCACGUCGUGGUGUAGUGCAACGGACAUGCUUUCUUCUUCUUUUUUUUUUAAAGAGGGGAGAGCGCUACGAGGACUUGCCCAGAACACGAGGUGCUGUGGGCGCUGUCCCGAUAAGUUUUCCCGCCUUUUGCGGCGGUCUAUAACUUCGUUAAUGGUUGUCCAGAGUAUUGUUUUGUAUAAUUAUGUGAAAACAACAUGUGCACAUUGCGUAGUGGUAUGCACAAUAAAUAAUGUAAGAGAUACUGUG